ACGUUCAUUUAUAUCCUCUACUCGACCGUUGGCUAUCAAAGUCGAUUGUAAAACUAGCAAUCCGCGUUCUCAACAACGAGACACGACCACAGACAUGCCUCCUAAACGACGUAUACCCCCCAACGAAGCCGAGAACGUGCCCGGUUCACCGAGCAAACGAGCACGAUUCGCCGAUUCGGUGAUUGACAACGAGUCGAAAGCGAGCAGCAAAAAGCUGAUGGCCGCAGCGCGCAAAAUGGACAAUAAUCGAGCGAGCGGCAGCAGUCGUGCUAAUUACAGCACCAAUGAUAAUACAGUAGAAGAGGAUACGGGGGGUGAUGUGGAUGGAGGUGGUGGGGAUGCGUUUGCGGACCAGGUGGAUAGUACCCUUGAUAUUAUGGGGACCAGUAGUAAAAAGAAGGGCAAGGGACGGGUUAAAGUUGAGGGCUAUGAGAGUGAUA